AUGCCUCGCUUGACUCGCUCCAUUCCUCACAGCUCUCCGGCCGCACACGGUCUUGCCGCGGCAAUCUUAAAUGACUUCGAUGAUCCUCAUUUAAUACAAGAUGAAUCAGAGAGAUCGCCUAGUCCCAACGACCCCGAUUUUCUACAACACGUUGACUCUGAUAGCAGUGAUGACGAUGCAGUUGACAUCCCAUACCGAAAGGACGAAGAUGGGACUCAUGUUCGAGUCGGUGUUGCGAGUCGUACGAAGUCUUCUGCUGAUAAGCAAGACCCCGGCCCAUCCAUUCGGGACCGUACGACCGCCGAACUCGAGGCUAUCAUGAAAGCACAAGUCGAAGACCCCUCCUUUCCGGGUCUUGACACCACCGGAUUACCCCUUCUACGCAAUUUCAUGACCGCAUUCGAAAAGAAGUUCCGUGAUAUGCACCCCAAGCGGACCGAACUCGAUUGGGGAAAAGGCGUACGCAGGCCAGCGAGGUCCGCAGUUGCUCGACGUGCAGCGCAGGGACAGUUGUGUGGCGUUGAAGCUCCAGCUGAUCAGAAAUGUACCGCCUGCGCCAAAGGCAAAGUAACAUUCGAGCAUUGUCGGAUUGUUUUCGCGAAGAACCAGGCUCAAUGGGACUGGGCGUGUGCUAAUUGCACCUUUAUAGGAGGAGGACACAAAUGUUCUUUCCGUCCUGAUCUGUUUCCGAAUGUGCCUUCGUGGGUUAUUGCGGCUGUGAUUGAACGGCAGCCGUCGAGUCCAUUGCUUCAAACAUACUAUGGCGCAAAGGAUACAGAUGCUGCCCGGAAGUCUGCGAAGCCAACUACCAGUCGGAAACGUCCUGGGACUACCCCGGAAGAUGCAGACCAAGAGCAACCCGCUAGGCGCCGCGAGUCAGAGCUUGGUCGCGCAAAGGCCAGCGAGGGUAUCACAAAGGACACGCCUAAGCGCCGCAAGUCAGAGGUUGGCCCUAUAAAGACCAGUGAGGGCGCCGCCACUAAGGACGCACCUCCUCAGCUCAAGAACGGAGGGCCCCCGUUCAAUGCGACCUGGUACAACUCACCCCUUGAAGACCCAAAGUUGUACCGUAUGAAGGACAAAGUCUAUGCCCUUGAUACCUACAACGAUCUUGCAGACAUCAUUGUGCGCGUCACAGAAGACUACGGUCGUAUGAAGGGAGCACUGCGCAAGAAAGGAUUCUUGCCGGAGUCGGACGACGAGGGGUCCGAAGAGGAGAACGUCUUUGCGGUGGAGUGA